AUGGAUGACAUAGGGGAAAAUUUUAUGUUGCCUAAUGAAUAAAAUAAGGUGGAUUAUUUAUUGAUAUUUCCAUACAUUUUAAGUUUCUAUUUGGAAUAUACAUAUCAAGAUAUCAAGAAUAAAUAAAAACGACUGGAUAUCAUCAAGGGAACUGAGAUCAUUAGAGGGAAAGAAGUCGAAAUUAAAAAUAUUACAAGUCUUAUUUCAAUUUUAAAAGAGAUGGGAAUUGAUUAUUUAAAAGAGAAAAAUACUAAUAAAAUUUCCUUUAGAGAUGUUGAAAAUAUUUUAUUAAAAUUUAAGAAUAUAUAAUAAUGGAUUACUUUUGAAGUGAUCUAAUAGAUUUUGUAAUCAUUAAGUAAGGUCAUGUAAGUGGAUGAAAAGACACAGGAAGAAACAAGGAAAUUAAAGAUUCACAAAAUAAUUGAUUUUGUAGCAUUAAAAUUAUGUAUUCAUUAGAGUUGUCUUAAAAUUAAAAGAACAAAAAAGAAUCCUAAUUAAUCUUAGUUUCUGGAAGCAUUAGUGUUAUGGAAUUGCGCUUAAUUUGCUAAAUAUGCAGAAAAAUAAUUUUUGACUUUGAAAUUUUAGAGAUUUCUUAAUGAACAAUAUUAACAGAAAGAAUCAUUUGCUCGAUAAGAUAUGUAGAAGUGUAUGGAAAAAUUUUUCAAAAAAUCUUAUUAGUUAAUGCCUAAAAAGUAAAUAUAUGAAAUCAUUCAAUGUCAUCAUCUUUUUGCAGAUAAAAAUAUCGUAAAGAACAAUUCUAUUGAACGAGAAGACUUUAAAAACUCACUUCAUACUAUGAUAUGUACUGAUGGUUAUAAUAAGUUAAAAUAAUACGUCAAGAUCAUUUUUGAUGGAAUUACAAAGCAUACAACAACAACAAUAUAAUACCAAAAUUAUGGUAAAGACUUAGAUGCGGAGAGUAAUUAAGGUGGAAUAUCGUCUUAGAGGUAAUUAGGAGAUAGAUAAAAUACAUCAUAAUUAAACAUAUCAUAAUAAUAAUAAUAAAAAAAAGAAAAGGAAAAAGAAAAAGAAGUGAGUAGUGAAUCAAGUAGUAAUGAGGAAUAAGUUAUUACAGCAAAGCCUAGUCAAAAAUUUAAGACAGCAGUCAAAGCCAUUUAAUCAGGAAAUUUAAUAAUGAGAGAAAAAAAUGAAAGCAAAGAUAUAUUAAAAGCGUGUUUAAUGAUGGAUAGCUUUCUUAAGCGUUAAACUUAGAGAAUAAAGAACUACGUUAAAGUAUCCAAAUCUGUAAACAUUUCUGUAGUUAAAUCUGAUGUAAAGCAGUUAGAUAAAUCAUUAAUGGAAAUGGAUGAACAAAAGGAGUUAUUUGAUCCAUCCGAAAUGUUGAAUAGGAAAAGAUAAGAACAGAAAAUUAAAGAAACUCAUAACAUCAAAAAAGAAAAAGAAACUAAGAAUUGGGAGAAAAACAAUUUACCUUCGGAUAAGAAAUCGGAAGAAGAUAUAGAGGGAGUUAGUACUUAGGUUGAAUAGCCUAUAGAAAAUACGAAUGAACUCAAAUUCCCAGAUUCUAAGGAGAAGAGAAAAUUAAAUAGGUUUGAAGUAGCUAAUGAAUUGUAAAUGGUUUUAGGGAAAUCAAAUAGCGAUUUUGGACCAACUAAUUUUAAGCAAGCCAUCAGAUUAUAAUCAGCAAAUCAAAUUGUUUAACCUGUAAGAUUAUCUAAACAAUAUGAUGAACAAGAUCAUUUAGUAAUAAUAGAUGAAAGUGUUUUAGAAAAUUUAAUUAGACGUAAUUAAUAAUAAGAAAGAGUUAGGAAAUCGACUAGAGAUGACUGUCAAUGUUUAAUUUAUUGA